AUGGCCGGUGGUGCCAGCCCUGUCCACGAGGGCAGCGUCGACGCUACUCGCGUCGAGGCCCCCGUCACCAUCAAGACUUACUUGAUGUGUGCCUUCGCUGCCUUCGGUGGUAUCUUCUUCGGUUAUGACUCUGGAUACAUCUCCGGUGUCCUCAAUAUGAAUUACUUCAUCUCGACCUUCGAGCACUUGGACCAAGCUACUACCCCCGCCGCUGAUUUCGUCAUUCCCUCCUCGAAGAUGUCCCUGAUUGUCUCCAUUCUCUCCGCCGGAACCUUCUUUGGUGCUUUGCUUGCUGGUGAUCUCGCUGAUUGGUUCGGUCGUCGCACUACUGUGAUCGCUGGCUGCGUUGUCUUCAUCAUUGGUGUCGCUCUCCAGACUGCCUCGAGCAGCUUGGGUCUCCUCGUCGCUGGUCGUCUGAUUGCUGGAUUCGGUGUCGGCUUUGUCUCUUCCGUCAUCAUCCUGUACAUGUCCGAGAUCGCGCCCCGCAAGGUCCGCGGUGCCAUCGUCUCCGGCUACCAGUUCUGCAUCACCAUCGGUAUGAUGCUGGCCUCUUGCGUCGACUACGCUACCGAGAACCGCAAUGACUCCGGUUCCUACCGCAUCCCUAUCGGUCUCCAGAUGCUGUGGGCUCUGAUUCUCGCUGUUGGUCUUUGGGUCCUCCCCGAGUCUCCUCGUUACUUCAUUCGCAAGGGCCAGAUGGACCAGGCUCGCAGCGCUCUUGCGCGCAUCCGUGACCAGCCCGAGGACUCCCACUACAUCGAGGCUGAGCUGCAAGAGAUCGACGCCAACUUCCAGUACGAGCAGGCUCUCAUCCCCCACAGCGGAUACUUCGAGUCCUGGUUCAAUUGCUUCCGCGGCAGCAUCUUCCACCCGAACUCCAACCUGCGCCGUACCGUCCUCGGUACCUCCCUCCAGAUGAUGCAGCAGUGGACCGGUGUCAACUUCGUCUUCUACUUCGGCACCCCCUUCUUCAAGCAGCUCGGCACUAUUCAGAACCCUUUCCUCAUCACCAUGAUCACAACCAUUGUCAACGUCUGCUCGACCCCCAUCUCCUUCUACAUGAUUGAGAAAGUCGGUCGUCGUCCCCUGCUCCUGUGGGGUGCUCUGGGCAUGGUCAUCUGCCAGUACAUCGUCGCCAUCCUUCACGUUACCGACGGGGACAACCCCCAGGCCGUGUCCGCCAUGAUUGCCUUCAUCUGCAUCUACAUCUUCUUCUUCGCUUCCACCUGGGGCCCCGGUGCCUGGGUCGUCAUCGGCGAGAUCUUCCCCCUGCCCAUCCGUUCCCGCGGUGUCGCUCUGUCCACCGCCUCCAACUGGCUCUGGAACUGCAUCAUCGCCGUCAUCACCCCCUACCUGGUCCAGACUGACGAGGCCAACCUCGGCGCCAAGGUCUUCUUCCUCUGGGGCUCGCUCUGCGCUUGCGCCUUUGUCUACACCUACUUCCUCAUCCCCGAGACCAAGGGUCUUACUCUGGAGCAGGUCGACAAGAUGAUGGAGGAGACCACCCCUCGCACUUCUGCCAAGUGGGUCCCUCACUCUACUUUCGCCGGCGAGCUGGGUCUCACCGAGAAGGCCGCUAUUGGUCCCUCUGUCACCCACGCCGAGGUCUAA